GCAAGUCUCCUUACAAGUUGGUCCUUUCAACCUUCAAAUGAGAUGUUGUUGAAGUUUUAUGCCUUCUACAAACAAGCAACAGAAGGUCAUUGCACAGCUCCGAAACCAAACUUUUGGGAUGUGGUCAAGAAAGCCAAAUGGGAAGCAUGGAAUAAACUUGGAAAGAUGUCCAAGGAGGAAGCAAUGUCAUGUUAUGUGGAUCAACUAAAAACAAUUGUUGAAGCCAUGCCUCAGACUCAGUUAGUUGCCGAAUUUGUUGAGAAACUCGGCAAUUUUUAUGAAUUGGUUGAUGACAAAGCUAUUGGUGAGAAAUCUGAAGAGAAUGUUCGAAAACUGAAUGGAGAUGUGGCAAAUGGUGAUGUCUUCAAGUCAGAACCAAUUGCAUUAACAAAUAAAGAUCUCUUUCCUCGAAAUGAGGCUUUUGUGCACUUUUCCAAUGAUGUGUCAUCAAAUACAAGUGCGGUUCCAGAAAUGGGUUUAGAUUGUACACCUGCUGUUAUCAAGAAGACAGCCUCAGGUCAUCAUCAUCACAACAACAACAACAUUAACAACAACAACAACAACGGCAACAGCAGCAACAACAAUAAUAACCAUAGUGAUCACGCACGGGCUCGUUUGAACCAUCAGUACAACCACAGUAACGAAAAUGAUUCUGGUAAUGACACGGGUGAAAUCAAGAGUGAGAAUGGGGAUGAGAGAGAAACUCCAAUGACCGAUGAUUCAUUAUUGCCUAUUGCAGGUCAGCAAGUGACCAGCGACACUGACAGCGAUGUUGAAUAUUGUGACACUAUUGACACGCUGCAGGAUGUGUCAGAGGCUAUUGAUGUCUUGAGUUCAACAGCCAGCAGUGAUAAUGAAGCUGUAUUUACGCAGUCACCGGUGAAAAUGAAGAGGGACGACCCCGACUAUAACAGCCUACACCAGUCUGCCAACACAGUGCUUGCAGGGAUUCAAACCUCAACCAACAUCACUGCCAGGUCAGUGCAGCCUGAUUUGAUGGUGAUGGCCAACUCGAAUUCUUAUGCCUAUGUACCAAAUCAUCGUAAAUUCUCUUCGGACAGUAUGGCUGUGAACAUCGCUUCGAGGCAGUCGGUCAGUGAGGUCGAUCAUGAAUGCUUUGUUAAUGGUAUACCUCAGGAUGAACACCAACCAAGACCACCGGCUGCUGGACACGAGGCUGAAAUGGAUGUUACUGUACGUGGUGGAGAAGAAGAAGGACCAUCUCGCCGAUCGUCCAGGAGAGUUUCCAGCAGCAGUUAUGGUAUUUCCUCAAGGAACAUGGGAAGAGGUCAAGGAGAUAUCGGAUACUAUCCCGGAGGUGUUCACAUACCAUAUCUUGGAAGUGGUGCUGGCGGGGCAGGACAGCCAGGUGGCAGUGUUGCUAUGGUGAUGAAUCCACCAAACUGUGUUACAGAACAAAUUGCUUUGGCAUUGUCACGACUUCAGACUGAUCUUGUAGCUGUGCUUGACCGGUUGGAUACACUGGAAGAAGGUCGUAGAAAGGAGAAAACUAUUUCCUCCUGGUGGCCUUUCCAAGAUAUUUCUUUCAAGACAUUUCUUUUCUUCACUUUGUGGCCAGUUUUGGUUCACUGGAUGUUUCACAUUGCUUCAAAACGUCGGCAGCAGAGAUAAGCUUAAUUAUAUUCUUCUGCAUCAUCCAAUUCAGCUGUGAUAUCUGUCGAAUCUAGUUGAUGAGUCAGUCUGCAAGGCCCAAACAUGUCUGUUGGAAAGAAUUAAAAUAAAACAACCAAUGAUGCCACACCGUAUAA